AUGGACCUCAACCAAGAAGUAUUCGAGUUUCUCGAAUGCGUUCCGCUACUACAGAGGCUUCCUAGUUCGUCUAUAAAGAAGAUAUCAGACCUUGUGAUUGUUAAACACUAUGAGCGAGGUGAGUAUGUUGCACGCGAGGAUGAACCAGGAGAUGGAACUUACUUCAUAUGGGAUGGAGAGGCUGAGGUUGUUGGAUCUGUUGGUGCCCAUGAUGUAGAUCGUCCAGAGUUCCAAUUGAAUAAAUACGCCUACUUUGGCUGUGGUUUAUCAAAUACAGUUCACAAUGCAGAUGUUGUUGCUUUGUCAAAGCUAACAUGCUUAGUGCUUCCCCGUGAGCACUUAGCACUGCUAUGGCCAAAGUCUAUAUGGAGUUCAAAAAAAUCUUCUGAGAGGUGCUCAGCUAUGGAGAAUAUAUUGCAAUUAGAACCAUUAGAGGUAGAUAUCUUCCAAGGAAUCACUCUUCCAGAUGCUCCAAGAUUUGGAAAGGUGUUUGGAGGACAGCUGGUUGGACAGGCACUAGCUGCCGCAUCAAAAUCUGUUGACUGCCUUAAGUUACUUCAUAGUUUGCAUGCCUAUUUUCUUCGUAUAGGAGACUUACACAUGCCUAUCAUAUAUCAAGUUCAUCGUCUCCGCGACGGAAAGAGUUUUGCUACACGGAAAGUGGAUGCAAUGCAAAACGGAAAAGUCAUAUUCACUUUGCUGGCUUCAUUUCAUGGAGAAGAAUCAGCCUUUGAGCACCAGGAAGUAGCUAUGCCAUCUGUCCCUGUACCAGAAAUGCUUCUGCCACUUGAAGAGCUACGGGAGAGACGUCUAACUGACCCUCGCUUGCCAAUAACCUACCGAAACAAAGUGGCUACUUCUGAGUUCAUCCCCUGGCCCAUAGAGAUACGAUUCUGUGAACCUAAAGUUGCAACAAAUCAGACUAAAUCUCCUCCCAGUUUGAGAUACUGGUUUCGAUCAAAGGGAAAACUUUCAGAUGAACAGGCCUUGCAUAGGUGUGUAGUAGCAUAUGCUUCAGAUCUAAUAUUUCUUCAAGUAAGUUUGAAUCCACAUCGUGGGAAAGGUUUCCGGGCACGUGGCGUUAGUCUGGAUCAUGCAAUGUGGUUUCACCGACCCAUCAAAGCUGAUGAGUGGGUGCUAUUUGCGGUCUUCACUCCCACUGCCCACGAAGCACGCGGCUUUGUCAUAGGUCAUAUGUUCAAUCAAAAGGAAGAGCUUCUUGUAACAGUCAUUCAAGAAGGUCUAACAAGGAGAGUUGAUCCCGAAAUUUCAGCCACCAAAUCUAAGCUGUGA